GGUAGUGGGCGGAGCCUGGCGAUUCGGGUCCCGCGGGCUCGCUGGCUGCGAGGCUGGCUAUCAUCAUGGUGGGGCCCUGGGUGUAUCUGGCGGCGGCGGUUUUGCUCAUCGGUCUUAUCCUCUUCCUGACUCGCAGCCGGGGUCGGGCGGCAGCAGCUGGCGGAGAACCAGUGCCCAAUGAGGAAGAGCGGGCAGGAGCAGGCCAGGUAAUUCGGUCCUCACCCCAGGAGUCUGAGGAGCAGAGAACUGGAAGCAGGCCCCGCCGUCGGAGGGACUUGGGCAGCCGUCUGCAGGCCCAGCGUCGAGCCCAGCGAGUGGCAUGGGCCGAAGUGGGUGAGGAGGAGGAAGAGGAAGCUGUUAUCCCAGCCCAAGAGGAAGAAGCUGUUGAGAAGCCAGCAGAAGCUCACCCAACAGGGAAGAUUGGAGCCAAGAAACUACGGAAACUAGAGGAAAAACAGGCUCGGAAAGCCCAGCGAGAGGCAAAGGAGGCUGAACGUGAGGAACGGAAACGCCUAGAGUCCCAACGUGAGGCCGAAUGGAAGAAAGAAGAGGAGCGGCUUCGCCUGAAGGAAGAGCAGAAGGAGGAGGAAGAGAGAAAGGCUCGGGAGGAGCAGGCCCGGCGAGAGCAUGAGGAGUACCUGAAACUGAAGGAGGCAUUCGUGGUAGAAGAGGAAGGUGUUGGCGAAACCAUGACUGAGGAGCAGUCUCACAGCUUCCUGACAGAAUUCAUCAAUUACGUUAAGCAGUCCAAGGUUGUCCUUUUGGAGGAUCUGGCUUUCCACAUGGGCCUGAGGACCCAGGACGCCAUAAACCGCAUCCAGGACUUGCUGACGGAGGGGACUCUAACAGGUGUGAUUGACGACCGGGGCAAGUUCAUUUACAUAACCCCAGAGGAGCUGGCUGCCGUGGCCAAUUUCAUCCGACAGCGGGGCCGGGUGUCCAUCACUGAGCUUGCCCAAGCCAGCAACUCCCUCAUCUCCUGGGGCCAGGACCUUCCUGCCCAGGCUUCAGCCUGACUCCAGCCCUUCCCUCCUGAAUGUAUCAUGUGGCCAACAUGCAUCUUUGUCCUUCCUGCCAUGUUGGGGCAGGCAUGGGACAUGACCAGAAUGUUGUGGAUUAAAGGCCUAUGAGCGCUGCUGGGCUUCCUGUGGCUUGGUAUAGAAGGCCUGGUCUGGGGUUUCAGGUAAGCAGAUAAAAUCUAGACCUCAGAUGCCAGGUGGUGGUGGCACACGCCUUUAAUCC